AUGGACCUUGUAGGUUUCGGUUAUGCAGCCUUUGUGACAUUUGGAAGUAUUGUGGGAUAUAAGCGGAGAGGUGGUGUUCCGUCUUUGAUUGCUGGUCUCUUUGUUGGAUUUUUGGCUGGAUAUGGAGCUUACCGUGUCUCCAAUGAUAAGCGAGAUGUCAAAGUGUCUUUGUUUGCAGCUUUCUUUCUGGCCACCAUAAUGGGUGUGCGGUUUAAGAGAUCCAAGAAAAUAGUCCCAGCUGGGCUGGUGGCAGGCUUAAGCCUCCUGAUGAUUCUAAGACUUGUCCUACUGCUGCUCUGA